GAGCCAGACGGCGUUGGGAUGGGGCGCCAUUUUGAAGGUGCAAAUAUGGUGGCGAGUGUCAAGAUGUUACGAAGUAUCGGGUGUGUGUUACUUCACUGCCACCUAGUGGUGACGCAGACAACAACAGGCCUUAACGAGGUGAACAAAGCCCAAAUAAACAGCGACAACGGAGUUUCCAUAGAAACCAAGGUGUUAGGCCCCUCCGUGUGUGGCACCUCGUGUUCGCGAUAGCGUCAUUCCUGUUGAUGAUCACCACAAUCGUCUGCUGCUGUUGCGACUUCCGGAUUCCCAGAACGAGGCAGGAAAUUGAAGAAAGUUACAAGAAGAGGGUAGAUAACUCUAACUACAUCAAAUACCUGGAUCACCUCCCAGAGAAUGUACUCAAGAAUAGACCUAAAGGUCGAGGCAAUAGAAGCAAUACAGAAGAGGAAUCACCCCCCGAAAGACCCAAAAGAACAUCACGAGUCGCAGAUUCCUCUCAGAACGUUGGUAUCAAGACAAAACUUACCAAGGGGGGACAACUCGCCGUGGCUACACCUCUUGCUGCACAUCCCGUGGGUGUGAUGGAAGCCAUGUCGAAGAUGAGAAGAAACGCUCGAUCCAGGCCGAAACAAACCGCAAUGGCAAAGGCAAUGACAACGCUUCCAGAGGCAGACAUGGACGUGGACACGUGACAACACACGUUCAAGCUGGGAGAUAUCUAUGUCCUGUCCGGACUUAGCCUACACGUCUAUAAAGCACAUUCAGGUUAUCAACAGGAGAGUGUGUGUUCGAAUCCUAGAUCAAUGUGAUAUAACUGGACACUGUUACAAGUACGCUAAACCCAACUCUCAAUGUCGGUAUCUGCUGUGCCUUGGUUUGAAUCCCAAUUUCAACCUGAGUUUCCCCGGAACAUCCACCACAUGUACUGAAACACUGUUCCACCCACUUCAUUCUCAAACAUUCUCAGAUCCGGGUUAGAAUUGGUCUCCAGUAACUCAUGCUUGUCGUAAGAGGCGACUAACGGGAUCGGGUGGU